CUAGUAGUAACUAGAUUAACUAGAUCUAGAUCUAGAACUAAGAAGCACUUCUAAAAAAAAACAACAAAUGCAUCUAUACCUACGUUAGACUAUAAAAAAUGUCUGCGAGAAUCGUGGUAAAGAAUUUACCUAAAGAUAUAACCAAAGAAAAACUUGUGGCCCACAUUCAGAAAAACUGUCCAUCUUCAGAAAUAACAGAUUGCAAUUUAAAGUUUACAAGGGAAGGAGUUUUUAGGAAAUUUGCUUUUGUUGGUUUUAGUGCUGCGGAGCAAGCUGCAGCAGCAGUGAAAAAUUGUAAUGGAACUUUUAUAAGAACUACUAAAAUACAAGUUGACAUUGCUGUAGAUAUUGGUAACUCAAAAGCAAAAGCUUGGAGUAAAUACUCCAUAAAGAACCAAAAGCAAGGCUCAGCUCCAAGCAACAAGCCAGCUCAGGAGCAGGUGAACUCUUCAGUAAAUGAAAGUAAAGAAGAGACUAAGCCAUCAAAACCGGGAUAUGUGCUUAAAAUAAAAGGUUUAUCAGGAUUUUAUACUGAGAAAACCAUCCAAGACUUUUUCAAGCCUAUCAAAUUGAAGUCUAUAAGAAUUCCAAGAAAUGCACAGAAGAAACCAAUUGGUGUGGCUUUUGUUGAGUUUGGCGCAGAGAAAGAACAAGAACAAGCUAUGGGGAGAAAUAAAAAUUUUAUCAAUAACAAGAAGAUAUUUUUAAAGAAGAGUACAGAAGAGGUAGCACCUGAGAAGAAAGUAGUUGCACCUCCACCUUGGGAGUUAAAGGCCAAAGAAUCUGGUGUACAAGAGGUGGAGAGUAUAGCAGAGUCAGGAAGAUUAUUUGUGAGAAACCUUUGGUUUGGUGUGACGGAGGACGAACUAGAAGAAGUUUUUAAAAAAUAUGGGCCACUAGCUGAAAUUGAUCUGCCUGUUGACUCACUGACCAAAAAGGUGAAAGGUUUUGCUCACAUUGUGUUUGUGUUUCCUGAACAUGCCCUGAAGGCUUACACAGAGCUGGACUACACAAGUUUACAUGGACGUCUUAUGCACAUUUUACCAGGCAGAGAUUUAGAGGCAGAGGCGGAGUCUAAUGAGAAAUCUUCCUACAAGAAAAAGAAAGAGUCACAACAAAAAUCUAAAAAUCCCAAUACUCACACUUGGAAUACUCUGUUCCUUGGAGCGAAUGCAGUGGCAGACUCAAUGGCAAAGAAAUACAACACAGACAAAAGUCAGAUUCUGGAUGACGAACUAGGUGGCAGUGUUGGAGUCCGUCUGGCACUGGGGGAGACACAAAUUGUUUCAGAGACAAGAGAUUUCCUCAUCUCCAAUGGAGUAGCUCUAGACAGUUUCAGUCAGGCGGCAGGUGAAAGAAGUAAAAGUGUUAUUCUAGUCAAGAACUUACCAUCAACAGUCACUGUGGAAGAUCUAAAGGAAGUGUUUGGCAAACAUGGGACACUAAAUAGGGUGCUGAUACCUCCAUCUGGGAUUACUUCCAUCGUAGAAUAUCUAGAACCUUCUGAGGCAAGACAAGCCUUCAUGAAGCUGAAUUUUGCUAAGUUCCACUCGAUCCCACUCUACCUGGAGUGGGCGCCCAUGGGAGUCUUUGUAAAACCCGCUGCAAGUGUCAAAGUUGAACCAAAACAGGAAAUUGAUGAGGAAACUGGGAAAGAGGCAGAUCAAGAAACACCAGUGCAAGUCAAGAUGGAAGACGUCAAAGAAGAGGGUGAAAACUCUGAGGAUGAGGUUGAAGAGGAUGCCACCAUUUUUGUCAAGAAUUUAAAUUUCUCCACUACAGAUGAAACAUUAUUAGAGCAUUUCCAAAAGAUUGGGAACAUUUCUUCUGCUACAGUUUCAAAGAAAAAAGAUCCAAAGAAACCAGGUGAACUGCUAUCCAUGGGUUAUGGAUUUGUUCAAUUUGUCAAGAAAGCUGCUGCCAAAGAAGCUCUUAAAACUUUACAAAACUCUGUCCUGGAAGGACAUAAUCUUGAACUGAAGAUGUCUAAUAGGACUGUCAAGCAGGUGAAAGGUCGUAAAAAACAAGGAGAAAGCCAACAAAAAUCCACCAAGAUUCUUGUCCGCAAUAUUCCUUUUGAGGCCAAGAAGAAAGAAGUGGAGGAACUGUUCAAAGUGUUUGGUGAACUGAAGUUUGUCAGACUUCCUAAAAAGUUGGGUGGGACUGGACCACACCGAGGAUUUGCUUUUGUAGAUUUUGUGUCUAAGCAAGAUGCAAAGAGAGCGUUCAAUGCGUUGUGCCACUCCACUCAUCUCUACGGUCGUCGUCUGGUGCUGGAGUGGGCAGAAGUGGAGGAGAGCCUGGAUGACUUGCGUAGGAAAACAGCUCAACAUUUCUCUGAUGAUGGUCCAAAGAAGAAAGUAACCAAGGCCAGCUUAAUGAAUGAAUUAGAUCUCUAGUGACACACACACAGAUACACUCAUGUCUAUACGCAUACACACGUUUCAUAAUGUUAUACUUAUUAAUGUUAUAUUAUGUUUAAAUAAAAUGACAAAUCAA